AUGGCUUCGGCUAUAUACAUCCUUGAUAUAUGGCACAACCUGCUGAUAUCAAGGAAAUACAAACAGGACUUAGACGACUCAUUGAUAUUGUCGAACUAUGUCUCUCAAAAAAAAUCUCAACCUAUUUUUCAUUAUCAAGGUUGCAACUACAUUUCCUACCAAGCAGAUGAUAUCAUCAUAUUGAUGGUCUCUUUCUCAAACAUUAAUUGCGUUUCCAAUCUGUAUUUUUGCCACCAGUUUGCCAAUGCGUUAAAGGAAUAUUUGGAUGGUCGACCGCUGGACGAUUCCAGUAUUAGAGAGAAUUUCGUACUUGUGUACCAGUUGUUUGACGAAACUUUCGAUUUUGGAAUACCGCAACUUACCGAUUUUAAUAUACUGCGUGAAUAUAUCAAGCUUUCAGAUCAAGAUUCUGACUCGGAAACAUCAAAUAUUGAUUCAAAAUCGAAAUCUUCCCAAAAAAUUGACACCACAAAUUCAAACUUGUUGAACACCAGUAUCUCCAGAACUGCUACUACCAAUUUAUCUUGGAGGCCAAAAGGCAUAUUCUAUCCCAAGAACGAGUUUUUUGUUAAUUUGGUUGAAUCACUGAAUUUGCUUUAUCUUCUAGAGACUAAGAAGCUUCAACGAAACUUUAUCAGUGGCCAAGUGACUUGCCAAUGUUACCUUAGCGGAAUGCCCCGUUUGAUUAUUGCCCUGAACGUAGCUAAGGAUGACAGUUUGUUUGACAAUGUUAACUACCAUCAAUGCAUAAAUUCUGAAGAGCAAGAUUCUAAACAAAGUAAAGUAAUCACUUUUACCCCCCCAGAUGGAAAAUUCACCCUUUUCACAUAUCAAAUCCUUCAAAGGUCUCUACAUCUCAAACCAUUGGUUCUAGUUGACCCCAUUUACAAACUUUUUUGCAAAAAAAAUACAUAUCGGCUGCGCAUAACUGCAUCACUUACCACUCACUUCAAGCGAAAUCUCUCUCUCAAUGACUUAAAAAUAUGUAUACCGAUAAUCAUCAAUCAAACGAAAUCACAACUAAGCUCUUUAUCAACACAAUUGCUAGUUGAUUAUAACAUUCCUCCCAAGUUUAAAUGUAAAUUAGGGAAUGCCAAAGUCAACUUGGAGACCAACUGCAUAAUAUGGGAGAUUCAUGCUCUUCCAGGAAACGUUACAAAUAACCCGAACGUGGAUGAUUUCAAACUCACGUGUGAAUUUCAGUUAAUAGACAGACACUCAUUACUAGGACAACUACACGAACUUUCUUCGGUUGACAAACAAAAUCAAAAUUCCAUUUACUACCUUUCGAUCCAAACAGAAGAGAAACGUCUGAAUGACAGUUUGGACGAGGAUACAGAAAUUCCAGAUCUAAGAAACCCAAGUGCUUUGAUUAGUCUCUCCUUUCAACUGCCGUUAAUGGCUUACUCAGGGAUCAUGGUUGAGUACCUUACGAUAACGGAGGAUCAAUUCCCAUAUCAGACAUUUCCUUGGGUAAAAUACCUUACCAAAACGGACAAUUACCAUCUCAAACUUGGUCAGAAUAACUUUAUCAAUAACAUAAAUGAUGAGGAUCUUACAAGGGCCAGCGAAGAGCCUGGUUCCUCAACUAAUGUCGCUGCAGUGGAUACUUCUAAUGACCAGCUCAAUCAAGGGCCCCCAGCUACAGCUUCCCCGUCACAAAGGAAGUACAGUUUUGAUGAAUACCACAUUGGCUAA